UUUCUUCUUCAAAGACCGUUUCUGCUUGAAUAUAAAAGAUUGCAGGAUGAGCUGUGAUCAUGUACGGGACCUAGAAAGUGCAUAGGAUUUACAUUGGCUGUGAAAACUAAGGAUAUUGGGUUUAGGGUUUUCGAUCUUUCUUUGCAAACUUGGAUUAAGGACUGGGGGGUUGACGUAGGAAUGAUUAUAGGGAAAAUCAAUUUUGAGACAUGCUUUAAGAUGGAUUCUAUUUGGUGAAAUUUGUCUUAAGAUUGCUAGACUAAUAGUAAAGAGGGAUGCAGUAAUCAAGUUAGUUAUUGAUGGUGGAGUGGUUUGGUAUAUGAUAGGUUGGCGAUCUUGAACUCCCCUAGGGAAGGCCGGGCGAGAAAAGCAAAGCUGCUACUUUUAAAAUAGGCUCUUCUUUUUAUAACCUAUAAAUUUUUGUAUUUCAUGAUUCCAACUCGAUAUUUUCAGAGUAGGUUCUGCUCUUAUUUGACUUCAACAGAGCAGUUUGAAUGUUCAAGAUGUUUGAUUUAUUGGUAGGCGUUUGAUUAACCUUUUAGAUGGCACCAAAAUCAGGCCAGGCUGAAGUAUGAUACAAUUAUAAUAUUUAUAAUAAAAUUAAAACUUCCAAACAAAAGUAAUAACUUGCCAUGUAGGACAGCCUAGAGUUUGGACAACUCAAGGACUCUACUAGUAGAACAAUAGGUAUUUAUUUCAGGUUGUUGGAAUCUAAUUUGGUUGUUGAAUUAUGUCAAACAUGUAGUGAGGAGAAGUUGGAUUGACUAAACACCCACGCUGUGCUAUAUUAAGCUCAUGCUUUAGACACUUGUAUACAUCUUAUGUGAAGUUGAAGUUGGUGGUAUUUUACACUGAGCUAACAUUCUCUGGGUAAAGGUAAUAGGUCUUUUUUGUGGAAAAUUGCUGGUGGUGUUUGUCGGGUUCUUAUGAACGUCUGCUAAUGAGAAUACAGUCAGCACUGUUUUUGGGAUGAUAAAAAAUUGAUUGUAGACCAGAAUUCAAGAAUUUGUCAACAGACCUGAUGGAUGUACUAUUCUGCUAUGAGGUUGAUAAUAUAGCAAGAAGCUACUCUUCAAAAGAUGAGCUUGAUCUAGUGGUUGUAUCUCAAGAACCAGAACUGUUACCAAAUUACAUACUCAACAUCCUAAAAACUAGGAACUCAAAUAGCUCACAAGAUAAUUGGCAGAAACUAAUCAGCAAGAGGUAUGAUAACAGCAAUGGCUUAGUGAACAUAUCUGGUUCAGAAUUUUGUUGAUACCAAUUGAUGUGUUCUAGGGGAGACAAGGUAAGAUUAAAAGAGCAUAAUAACUAUAGGACAGAAACACAACAAUCCAAGUAAAACAAUAUGGCAGAAUAUAUGGAAUCAAAUAUUUCAGAAAUUAAUGCUUAGAUGGGGCUGAGAUUUGGAUCAAUUAGACCCCUCAUUAUGCUAGUCAAUCCCUCCAAAGAACAAGCUGAUGCAAUGAGUGGAUGCUAUAACAAUGUACAACAGAAAAUAGAAACUUUAGAUCAAUAGAAUUUAGUAACUCAAGAGAACAGAGAUAACUCCCACUCUGUUGGUCUGAUUACCCUCAAAUUAUGGUUGGAUACAGUACUAACAGGGAGGAAAAUAUUAUCAAAAGAUGAGGUCAAUCCAAUGGCUGGAUUGACCAGAAUGUUAGCGUGAAUCCCUGCAGCCAGAAUUUGUAACACCACCAAAACAGAGAACUACUGAUACCAGCAAAUCAGUGUAUGUAACAAUGACAAAGUAGUGAUAAAAUGGUACGGAAUGCAGGGAAAGAAAGAGAUCAGAGGUAGCACCACCCCAGUGACCGAUGGUUGCUAAGCUACAGCCUAAAACAGAAACCAAAGUGACAGAAACAGAACAAUGGAGGUGAUUCUGUGUUGGAAACCUGCAGAAAACUCUAGAAGAUGAUAGAUAUGAUAAAAUGGCAACUAAGAUUCAAAGAUAAAGAGUGAAAAUACCUAGAGGAAGGCCACAGUAGAAAGAGAUCUCCCACCUGGCCUUGUUGGAAUCCCACCAGCUGUAUUGGAAUGUCACCAAUACGGUAGUGGAGUCAUACAAACAGAAUCUGAAUGACACAGACCAUGAACGGCAAAAGGCCGUCUCUUUAUUCAUCAAAAUCAUAUGGAGCUCCAUGGCUCUUACAUCAAUAUAUUGAAACUAAGUGUACUUACAAAAUUUACAAUGCUGACCAAAAAAAAAAAGUGUACUUGAAUUAGGAAAGAAAGAAAUAAGAAAUUCUAUCCAUAACAACAAUAGAUGUCCCUUAUAACUAAAAAAAGUAUCUUAACUAGUUAGAAUAGUUGUCCUACAUGAUUAAAACUCUAUUCGAAGUAGGAAUAGGUUUUCUAUUCAUACAAGACUCUUAUCAUAUCCUUAGGAACUAAUUAAAUAACAAUUAGGCUGCUGUUGGUAGUCAUUCAGUUCCAGAAACGACGUUUCGUGUCAAAAACAGAAUUUUCAGUUUUAUGUCAAAAUGCCGUCUUUAAAAAAAAAAAAACGGUGUUUGGUGAACCUGUUUCUGAAAUGAUUACCUAGUUCACUUUUUGGAACAAAACCGAAAUGACGGAAUAAAGUUUUGUCGUUCCAUCGUUUUGUGUUUCUAGCUUUUUUCCCCCCUUUCGUACCAAAAAAAUCGAAAAACACUAAGUUGACACCAAACGCUUUACUUUUUCUGGAUGACUACCAAACGUAGCCUUACUUAUUGCAAUAAAACAACUCAGACUAACCUAAUAAAAUAAAAUCCUAUAUUCCCACCACCUACCCAUAAUAUAGGCCCAUUAAAGUGGCCUAUUACAAUGAAAACCCAUUGGACCACCAAAUGCCCAACACACAUAACCCCACCCAAAGCUUAUUUCUAAUAAAAUAAGCCCAUUUAUGUGAUUUAUCUGCAUCACCUUGGCUGUCUAGGAAUUCAUUUGGAUUGUGGACAUGAUCCAAGUUAUGGCUGUGCCUAGGCUUGGUGUAUGGAAGAUCCAGUUUUCACCACUGUUGCAUUAUUUUGGUUAGUUUCAUAGUCGCUAGUGAGGUCUUGUGGCAAAAGAUUGAUUAGCUGUAUGGGAAAAAAUACAAAAUGCUUAAGAAAAUGUUGAGGAGCCAAGUUCAUCUGUCAUUUCUGUGUUAUGUAGUGAUGUUUUAACAUUGUCUAGAAUUUUCUUGCCUUAUUGGGUAGAGAAAAUUUCUGAUGUUGUUUUGACUUUUGAAUGCCUUCAUGAUCAUUGACUGGUAGUUCACUGCAUUACAGCAGAACUUGGUGUUGUUUCAUUGAUUUGUUUGUGCCACACCACGAAUGUAACCAUGCAUUUUGGCUUGUUACUUCAUGCUUUCAUAGAACUAUGUAUUUUUGCUAUGACAGUUUUCCCUUCUUUAAUAGUAUGCUGUUGGAAUUUCAUCUGAUGCAAAGAUGAGGAAAUAUGACAUGGGUUGUGCGCCUUCACUGCAACAGAUUGUGGUAAGUAGUGCUAUGUACAUGUCAGUUGGAUAUGCUCUUUAAUUUAGGUUAUUGUCCAACUGAUAUGGUCUCUUGGAUGGCCAUUGGCCGAAGAACGUUUUUUACUUGGCUUGGACUUUCAGUUGGGCAUGUGUGAUAGCCUUUAGGCUGUGGUCUAUCCAAGAGGCACACUGUUGAUUGAUCUUUUCAUAACAGGUGGUGAGUUGAGGCUCCAUUAUCCCUUUUUAGGGUGCUGCCUCAUGGUGUACUGCUCAUGGUGUAUUUCCUCAUUCUUUUCUAAGUCAGUCGGUUUCUUCUGUGUAAAUUACUUAGAUUAGGUUGGUAAAGUAUGAAAUAAACGCCUGAGAAUGGUAGGAAGAGGAAACUAGAAAUUAGGAAGUCGUGGGUUGGGUCUGGUUUUAUUAACAGGGUUAAGUGGGGAAUGUUUUCUUUUUUGGGUUUGGAUAGUUGAAGGGCAAUGUUGGGAAGCGGGGGGGUUUCAGACCGGUACGAGGUCGGCUCAAAGAGACAGAGAAUGAUGGAAUCAAAUCCCUACUUCACAGUGAGCAGUGCUGCUGAAAGCUUCAAGCAUUACAACUAUGGUGGCGGGUUCCACCCUACGUUCCCUGUGGUACGUCUCAGAGGUCUCCCUUUCAACUGUACUGACAUUGACAUCUUCAAGUUUUUUGCGGGUUUGGAUAUUGUGGAUGUGCUGCUGGUCAACAAGAGUGGACGUUUCUCGGGGGAGGCAUUUGUCGUCUUUGCAGGCCCCAUGCAAACCGAGUUUGCUCUACAGAGGGAUCACCAGAACAUGGGACACCGUUAUGUGGAAGUCUUUAGGUGCAAGAAGCAAGAUUACUACAAUGCUGUAGCUGGUGAGGUAAACUAUGAAGGCAUUUAUGAUAACGAUUACCAUGGUAGCCCACCUCCGUCUCGUGCAAAGAGGUCUGUUGACAAGGACCAGUUGGAGUACACUGAAAUCCUAAAGCUCAGAGGCCUCCCCUUCUCUGUGACCAAGGCUGAGAUCGUGGACUUCUUUGGUGAGUUUGGGCUGACAGAAGAGAAGAUACAUAUCGCAUGCAGGCCAGAUGGUAAAGCAACUGGUGAGGCAUAUGUGGAGUUUGCUUCAGCUGAAGAGGCAAAGAAAGCAAUGAGCAAGGACAAGAUGACAAUUGGUUCGCGGUAUGUGGAGCUGUUUCCUUCAUCUGCAGACGAGGCCAGGCGAGCUGAGUCUAGAUCAAGGCAAUAAACUAGUUAUGAUGCCAAGUUGCAAUCAUCGUAGCCGUAGUCUGCUGUGUCUUUACCAAGCCAUAAUGUUUACUCUUGGUGUGGCUGGGUUCAACUUCGUAUAAGUUUGCCUUCUUUGAGUUUUAUUGUGAUGAUAGGAUCUUAUUUCUUUUCGAUAAGAGUAGAAGUUUUCUGAGAAUUUGUUAAUUUCUUACACUUUACACUUUUAAGAUACAAUGGCGAAUUUUUUUAGUGCCCAA